AUGACCGUUGAUCUCAUCUGGAAGAAAUUCCCUGUAAAACAAGUAGAAGUCAAAUUAUCUAAAGUGUUAAGAUGUGGCCAAACAUUUAGAUGGAAGAAUGUAAAUGAUAUAUGGUCAUAUACAACCGAAAACAAAAUAAUUUUACUCAAGCAAGAUGAAGAAUAUAUACAUUAUUCGUGGAUCGCUGCUGAACAUAUGCAGACACAACUGAAAAUAAAUUGUCAUUUUGAUAAAGAGACUCUUGACUUCAUAAAGGAUUAUUUUAACUUACCGAUUAAGUUGGAAACACUAUAUGAAGAAUGGAUUGAAAAGGAUGGAUUAUUCAAAAUUUCUCAGCAGAAAUCGGCUUUCAGUAAGUUUACGGGUAUCAGAAUAUUGAGACAGGAACCUUGGGAAACGCUUAUAUCCUUCAUUUGCUCAUCAAAUAAUAAUGUGAAGAGAAUUUCUAAAAUGUGUGAUAAUAUAUGUACUGAGUUUGGAAAAUAUAUCAAUGAAUAUAAUGGUAUCAAAUAUUACUCAUUUCCAACAGCCGUUGAUUUAUCUAGUAGUCCUAAAGUUGAAAGCCGGCUUAGGGAUUUAGGUUUCGGUUAUCGUGCUAAAUAUAUUUAUCAAACUGCUUUAAAAUUUACAAGCGAUGAAUUUCCAGAUAUAACUUUGAAGAACCUAUAUCAACUCCGACAAGAAAACUAUGAGACAGCUCAUGAUUUUUUGUUACAGUUGACGGGCGUUGGUCCAAAGGUGGCCGAUUGCAUUUGUUUAAUGGCUUUAGACAAGCAUGAUAUAGUUCCUGUUGAUACUCAUGUCUACCAAAUUGCUAUCAGAGACUACAAAUUUAAAGGAAAGAAAGAUUUAAAAACUAUGAAUAAAAAAACGUAUCAUGAUAUAAGGCUAUUCUUUAAAGAAAUUUUUGGGGAUUUUGCAGGUUGGGCUCAGUCUGUAUUAUUCACAUCAGAUCUUUCUGACCUUAACAACGGUGUAAAUAAAAUACAAAAUACUGAAAUUAAUAUUGACCACACUUCUGUUAAACAAGAACAAGAUUCGAUUGUUAUAGAACGAAAACGAGGAAUUCUUUUAGAUCCAUCGUCCCAAGAACAGGAUUCUGAUAAAAAAGUCAAAUAUGAAAUGAAAUAA